GGGAAUUCCCCGCGGUUCUGGACACCUUGUUCGCUUUCUUCUACUGGAGAGAGUCUUUUUUCUAUCUCCUGCUGUUCGUGCGUCGUUUCGGCUCUCCAUGGAAUUUAAACGUCACUCACGGUUGCGCGAGAGGCUUCACGCUCCAUGUGUCGCCAGUCCCCUGCCUCGCGCACAUUAAUAUUCCUGUAAGUCUCAGUCAUGAAUAACAAUUACACCGUAUAUCGAGGGUAGAGGCGGGAUCUCGGUGCUUACAGUCAGAGCGGCGGCAGCUCCGGGCGGAGGAAGGUUCUGUAUGGAGCUGUAGACCGGGCCGUGCCUGCAGAUACAACUGCGCUGCUUUUACUUGGAAUGAGUUUGGCUGUCUCGGCCCAACCUGGUCUUCACGAUCCUGCAGCUUUACCGUGAACCCGCUCGGGACACCAGCAGAGGGUUUACAGAUGUUAGUUCAUUCCUACUCCGCUGCGGACCGGCAUGACGGUGUCUCGAGCCACAGCUCGCGCCUGUCCCAGCUGGGUUCGGUGUCACAUGCGGGACCCUACUCCAGCGCGCCGCCGCUGUCUCAUGCUCCCUCUACGGACUUCCAGCCUCCGUACUUCCCGCCACCAUACCAACCGCUUGCUCACUACCAGAGCCAGGACCCGUACUCCCACGUGAGCGACCCGUACUCUCUGAACUCCCUGCACCAGAGCCAGCAGAGCGCAUGGGGGUCGCGGCAACGGCAAGACGCCGCCGGAGACCGGAUGGAGAGCACCGCUCUGCUUGCACAGCCUCGGGCCUCCUUGCCUCAACUGUCCGGGCUGGACCCACGACGGGACUACGGUGGCGUGCGGCGGCCCGACGUGCUGCUGCACUCCACUCACCCGGGACUGGAUCCCAGCAUGGGCGACGGACUCCUGCAUGGCCUGCAUGGUAUGGAGGAUGUUCAGACCGUUGACGACACCAAUGGAACGAACAUCCUGGAUCAAUCAGUAAUUAAGAAAGUUCCCAUGCCACCGAAAAACGUGGGCUCUUUGAUGCUCGGUAAAGACGGACUGAUCGGUGGAGUGACCGUGAACAUAAACGAGGUGUUCUGCUCGGUACCGGGCCGCCUAUCGCUGCUGAGCUCCACCUCCAAGUACAAAGUGACCGUAGGGGAGGUGCAGAGGAGAUUGUCACCGCCCGAGUGCCUCAACGCCUCCUUGUUGGGAGGCGUGUUGAGAAGAGCAAAGUCGAAAAACGGUGGGAAAUGUCUGAGAGAAAAGCUGGAGAAGAUUGGACUGAAUUUACCUGCUGGGAGACGCAAAGCUGCCAAUGUCACAUUACUAACAUCUCUCGUAGAAGGCGAAGCGGUCCACCUGGCCCGGGAUUUCGGUUACAUCUGCGAGACGGAGUUUCCCACCAAAGCCGUGAGCGAGUACCUCAACCGGCAGCACGCGGACCCCAACGAGCUGCACACGCGGAAAAAUAUGCUGCUGGCGACAAAACAGCUCUGUAAGGAGUUCACAGACCUGCUGGCCCAGGACAGGACUCCCCUGGGCAACUCAAGGCCCACGCCUAUCCUGGAGCCUGGCAUCCAGAGUUGCCUCUCUCACUUCUCCUUCAUCACGCAUGGCUUUGGUUCUCCCGCCAUCUGCGCCGCGCUCACCGCCCUCCAGAACUACCUCACUGAGGCUCUCAAAGGACUCGACAAGAUGUUUCUCAACAACCCUCCCAACAACCGGCACGGGGAUGCUGGCAACAAGGGUGGCGACAAAGAGGAGAAGCAGCGAAAAUGAAGCAGGGGAAGAAGAGGGGCAACGACAGAGAGCAAAGCAGGAGCCAGACACACAGACAGAGGCGUUACUUCUAGCUUUACACCACUGCGAAUGACCUGACACACACAGGACCUUGAGAAGGAGGAGGAAGAAGAAGAAGAUUUGGUAAAGAGAUGACACCCAUGGGCCAGUGUCAGAGAGCACGGAGGAAUUUUUCAUCUGUGUUACGUUCUUUUCAUUCCCCUGAGGACAUGGUGGUUACUGUGUUACAUCCAUUUUGCUCCCCCUGCCUGCAUCCUGUGCGACUGAGAUGCUGUGAGCAACCAACAAACAAUAUUGUGUGUGUGUGUGUGUGUGUGUGUGUGUGUGUGCGCACACCUGAAUAAGAGAGUGUGUGUGUGUGUAUGAACUUGUGUUUGUCUUCACACAGAAAAAGUAUUGUGGGUAUUAAGAUUGGGUGAUGAGCAUUCUCUCUGUGAAACAGGUUUGUCUGGUUAUUUAACACACGUACGAGGAGGGAGGGUGUUAACUUAUGUGUGUAAAUAUUUAUUUAUAUUAAUUUAAAUGGAUGGUUGUGUAAAUAGGUACACCAGCUAUUUUGGAGUAGGCCUAUUUAUCUGUGAUCUGACCUUUGUGAGCCAGCGGGGGGCCAGGAUUCAUCCGGUGUGUUUCUGUUCUUAUAGAGCUGUUUUCAUGGUGCUGAUGAUGGGUAGACAUGCUUCUAAUUGUCCAGUGAUU